AUCUCUUGUCUCCUGUCUCUCCACCAUGAAGGUCUCGGUCUCGACGAAGGGCAAGCCCACCAUCACCCUCGACUUUCCCGGCAAGACCCCUGCGCAGGUCACCGUGCGGGAUGUCAAGGCCGGCGUCGCGAACAAGUUUCCUCAGUUCUAUCCCACGCGCCAGCGUCUUGGCCUUCCCACCGCUGCGGAGAAGAAGCCCACGCCACUCACGGACGAGCGCAAGUCGCUCGCUGACUACGGCGUGGCGGACGGCGACGCGCUCCGCCUCAAGGAUCUCGGCCCGCAGGUCGGAUACCGCUGGCUGUACAUCUGGGAAUAUGCCGGUCCGAUCUUCAUCAACCCCCUUCUCCUCGUGCUCAGCAGAAAGAUCUACGGCGAUUUCGAGCCCUCGUCCCUCCAGCUCACUGUGCGCAACCUCCUCGUGCUGCACUUUGUCAAGCGUGAGCUCGAGUCGAUCUUUGUGCACAAGUUCUCUAGACCCUCGGUGCCCCUCUCCUUCGUCUUCCGCAACUGUGCCUAUUACUGGGGCAUCACCGGCGUGCUCAUUGGUUUGACCCUGUACCGCCCGGCAUACGGAGCCGAGGCGCUUAAGAACAGUCUCCUUAACUCGCCCAACUGGAUCCGCUUCUGGACCGGCUUCAUCCUCCUUAACGAGGCUCUCAACCUCAACACCCACCUGCACCAGGCGACGCUCAGAGUUGCGCCCGGCGAGCCGCGCAAGUACCCCACUGGCUUUGGCUUCCAGUGGAUUGUGUGCGCCAACUACUUCUUCGAGACCAUGGGCGUCCUGGGCAUGGUCAUCAUGACCGGCGGCGACAUUGGUUCGAUUGUUUACAUCUCCAUCGCGUCGUACUUCAUGAGCACGUGGGCUGUGGGCAAGUACCGCCGCUACAAGAAGGAGCAGGACCCCAAGGUGUUCCCCGGCAAGAGGUGGAUUGUCUACCCGCCCUUCCUGUAAACGACCCGAGCUCUAGUGGACAGCUAGACAGCAAACUGCCGUCAGUUAUGUCGGUAGCAACACCACAUCCCACCAGGCCAUCACCGUCCCUACUACCAUUCCUGUCCCUCCCACUGGGUGUUUCGCUGCUCGAAGGAACUCCUUCUCCACCGUUAUAGAGACGAAUGCAUCCCAUCCUAGUCGC